AUGUUGCCGCUGGUGGUCGUCGUGGGACAACGUAGUAGUGGUCCGGCGCUGUGUAUUGCGGUGUUAUUAAUAAUUUCAAAAAAAGUUUUUGGAUUAGAUUCGGAUCCAAUCGAUGGUAAUGUUUCAUUAACAACUACUAUUAAUUAUGAUAUACCGGUUCAAGACAUGGCGUCCGAAACUUUGAUGGGUAGUUCACCGUGUCAACAGUUUGAAUAUGAUUUCGAGUUCUACUCUCCGAGUUAUCCUCAACCUUAUCCCAAUAACACAGAAUGUAUCAGACUGUUGGAAGCUGGCCCUGGAGAGAUUAUUGAACUAGACUUCAGGGACUCGUUUACCAUUGAACCAAGUAUUGGGUGUAAACACGACCACCUGGAGAUUCGAGAUGGGCCAUACGGAUAUUCAGUUCCAGCGUAUUACUACUGCGGAAAUCAGUUCCCACCGAAAAUAAUUUCAUCGGGCAAAUACUUGUGGUUGAGAUUUCGGUCGGACGAAAAUAUUGAAUAUGAAGGAUUUCACGCCGUUUACAAAUUCAUUAAGAAACCUCCACCAGACAUAGAGAAAUCGGAGCUUCCGCCGUGUCGUAAAUUUGUCGAAGGUUCACAGGGGUACAUAAAUAGCACGGAGGUUGACGAUUUAAAGAAUAAAACCCUCGUGAACCAAGUGCCGUUGGACUGCAUGUGGAUAAUACAAGUAUUACCUGGUUGGAAGAUUCAGCUUAACUUCAAAGAAUUUUCUUUAGAAAAACCCAACGAUUGCGGAUUGAACGUAGUGGAGAUUUUCUCGAACCGCACAGACAUGGCUUCGAGGCUCAAGGUGUUUUGUGGAUCCAUAGCCGAAAUGGUCCAAUCGCCGGGCAACACGUUGCACGUGCGAUUCUUGGCAGAGGGAAAGGGAGUGAAAUCCAAGUUUUCGGCACUUUACACUGCCUACCGCACCAAGACUAAAGACGAAGCUUGCGGUAAUGAUCAGUACGAUUGUGAAGACUUAACGUGUAUCGCGUCCGAAUUGCGUUGCAAUCAAGUGGAGAAUUGUCGUUUUCGAUGGGACGAAGACGGGUGCCCGGAAGAAGACAACAGAUUGAUGCAAUUGUUUUCGAGUUUCGAUAUAAUAGUGAUUUUGGUGGUGUUUUUUUUAAUCCUGUGCGGCAUGUGUUCAGCAUUCAUCACCAAUAUUGUCCGAAAACUUGUGCACGAUCACCGAAUUAUAAAAGAACAUAUGCGCCAUUCAAGAGAAGAUCAUCUAGAUCAAGUUGGAAGAAUAAAUGUAACAGACGAACAAUCACUUGAAGAUUCUGGUCCACAGGGACAUGAUUAUCCACAAAGUGACAACAGUAGUCAAACCACUAACCUAAUCCAGAGCAAACAUACUAAUAACAUAUCUAGUUCUGAUUGUUAUGUUCCAUCGGGUGACCUUAUUCCAGUGUUAAUGAAGCAUGACCCUCCUCGCCUUUAUCCUUCUGUUGAAGACGAAGAAGGUGAUGGAUUGAUGAGUUCCUAUCCAAUAACGGCUGAAACCAAAGAUAUUGAGUGUCAAACUAGAGAGAGCCUUUUUGACACUUCCGUUGUACCAAAAACUGCUGGCCACUAUAGAGUAAGACCGUCAGAAUCACCUUUCAGACAACCAUUAGGAUUUUCUACUUUUGGAUAUCGAAAAGAUUCAGACAGUUCCGCUGAUGCAAAGCCAUCAAAAUUUAGGGCUGAGGCCGUUAUUGAAAUGGAUAAGUUUUCAUCUGAACUAAGUCAAAGGCCUUACAGUAUUGAAUCAACUAAAUCAGCUCCAGACGUCAUAGUUAUGCACUGA